AGAGAGAGAGAGAGAGAGAGAGAGAGAGAGAGGGGAGUAAAGUGAGGCGACAGUCUAGAGCUCACUAAAUAGCAGCAGAGGACUCAGUUAUGGCAGAGAGCAUGGAUAUCCUGGAACAGCUGUCGGUGACUUUUAAGAAGUUUGCCGUCCACGGAGACCACAAGGCGACGGGCAAGGAGCUGAAUGGGAAGAACUGGGCCAAGCUCUGCAAAGACUGCAACAUCGCAGACGGCAAAACCACCACCAGCACAGAUGUGGACAUUGUCUUCACCAAAGUCAAAGCAAAGUCAUCCCGGGUCAUCACCUACGAGGAGUUCAAAAAGGCCCUGGAGGAACUCGCUCCACGGAGGUUCAAAGGUCAGAGCAAAGAGGAGGCCCUCCAGUCUAUCUACAGGUUGGUCGCCAACAAGGAGCCAGCCAACAUAGGCGUUACGAAAGUGCUGAAGGCCGCUGCCGUGGACAGACUGACGGACUCCUCCCGCUUCACCGGCUCCCAUAAGGAACGCUUCGACUCUAGCGGGAGGGGGAGGGGGAGGGAGGGCCGGGAGGAGCUAGUGGAGAACACAGGCUAUGUGGGAGCCUAUCGGAAUGCUGGAACCUACGAGGAGAAGAUGAAAGACAAGUAGAGCCCCCCCAAUCCAUUCUCUCAUCCUACUGAGUUUUGUUCUUUAUUCAUCACAAAGGAAAGUGUUUUGCUUAUCAUUGUUUUUUUACGUAACGACCCAAACCAGCUGCUAACCAACUGGAAGAUAUAGAACACAGAUUGUAUUAACUUGCAUUCGCCAUGCCUUGAAGUUCAAGGGUUAACUUUGAUAUAUGUGGAAUCUUGAGUGGGUUUUCAUUUGGAUUGGAAACUAAAGUUGGGGCCAUACUGCUAGCCAGCCAAAAGCUACAGUUACACAUAUGUAUUUAUGGGUUUCCGGUUAUAUAUUUGUUAAUUAAGAUGAGCACUCAUCUCAACUGGAAGAUUUAGAAACCCAUUCUAUCCUUGUUUAAUGUCAUGUAUUUUCUAAGUAACCGAACAGGUUUCGAUAAAGGUUGAUCUUGUUUUGAAUACAAGUUUUGACUAGUUAUUAUACACACACGCAGACACAUACUCACAAACACAAUAAUGGAUCAAGUGAACAUUUAAAGGUGCUAUAUGUUACAAAUAUACUGUCCUAAAUCAUAAAAUGCCCCAUGAUGUCAUCAGAGAUUAAUAAACGAUAGGACAACACUAUAGCCAGUAUGUUCUCCUUUGACAUUUCUGUUCCGGGUCGGAAUCUUGUUUGUUUUUGCCUGUGUGUUAUGAAUCACUAUUCUCAAAUUACAUUAGCUGAUGAACACAGAGUAGGACUCGUCUCAAAAUAAUGUUAAGUUCGGAUCGUCUUUCCCAAGUGUUUGUUCAAUGUCCUGAACCUGCCAACUCGCAGGAGCUUUGAGUCUGGGGAUGAGGGUGCGGAGACAACUCUUACAAAUAGUGAGUUUGGACUGCAGUAGCCAAUUUAAAUGCACUGUGUCAAUGUUACAUACUGUACCUUUAAGGUCAACUGAAGCAUUUGUAUUGUUACUGGAGGUUAAAUAAUAUUUCCACUGGUAGUCAGGUUCGAGGUAGUGUAGGAUGUUCGAUGGAGAUAUACAGUUUGAAAUGAGUGCGUGUGUGUGUGUGUGUGUGUGUGUGUGUGUGUGUGUGUGUGUGUGUGUGUGUGUGUGUGUGUGUGUGUGUGUGUGUGUGUGUGUGUGUGUGUGUGUGUGUGUGUGUGUGUGUGUGUGUGUGUGUGUGUGUGUGUGUGUGUGUGUGUGUGUGUGUGUGUGUGUGUGUGUGAAAGAAGGACGCACACCAAAGGUUGAACUUAAAAGCUUUGUUUGUAAAUAUUAAAAAACAUCACCAUGGCAACAACACAAUUCACAUCUGUC